AUGAAUGUGAAUAAGAGACCACAAUCGAAUAGAGGCCCACUGCUUGUCAAAAGAAAUAGAAGAACCGAUGAUUACAACGAUUUCUUCGAGUCACAAGAUAUAUGGAAGAAUCUCAAUAAAAUAAGAAAGUACAAUAAAAAAGCAGACUCCCCUUUAAAAAACAGUCGAAUCUUCAUAAGAGUAGCACCAAACAUGGAUAUAAAUAAUUUGAAAGGGUGCAUAGAAGCUUUAACUGAAUAUGUAGACCCACAAAAACUGUUUUUACAAAGGAGUAAAAGUCCACAUCUACCCUCUCAUAUAGUGCUACAAAAUUUUAGCGUUCUGGAUGGUUGCUUGGUACUAUCUGUUCUGUUAUCAUUGAAAGACAAAGGUUGGGGUUCAAAGGUUAAUAAGGAUUAUUACAAGAUUCCAAGAGAAUCCAUCAUUGGAGGAAGCAUAUAUUUACCAAAAAAUUGUAUUCUCCGGGAUUCCUCAUUUCAAAAAAGGUUUAAUCGUCAUCCUGGAUUUCAAAUGUCAGAAUCCAAAUAUAAUGUCAUAUCUACAUUCAAGGAAGUUCGAAUCUCUCUACAGAAAAAUUCCAGUUUGUCACACUUUAUUUUUGGUGUAGCCUCAUUCUUGUCGACUCUGGCUUUUGGCAAAGGCAAUAAAAACAUGAACAGACAAUUCGAAAUAGCGUCUAAUGGAUUUGGGAAAAGACAAAAUGCGUUUUUAAAUGAAAUUCCAUUUGUGAACGAAGUUCUAUUUGACAUUGAUCUUCUGAUGAAGACAAAUCGUACUAUUGUUGAAGAAUCCAACAAACAAUUGCAGGAACACGUAAGAACUUUGCACAAAUUCAACGAAGCUUCGGUGGAAGCUACUACUGAUUCCAUAAAACCUGUUACUGCCAGUCAAAAGAGCGCUAGUAACCGUACGACGUCUUCCUCUCGUUACGAUAAUGUCAAUUCUAUACCGUCAAGUAGAGAAAGAACUCCCUUAGCAUCAGCUUCAGCACAAGGUAACAAACCGGGAUAUUUGACACAAGAACAAAUCAAAGACCACUGCUCGGCUACCAUCAAAGCAUCUACAGAACUCGUAAAGACCAAAUCAGCCUAUCAAAUAUUCAAAGUUUAUGUGAAAUAUCCUAAACAAACAUACAUAGAGAAAAUAUUCGAGCGGCUGGAUGAACUGAGGUGUAAAACGAACUGUAACAUUGUCGUACUAAACUUGAAUAACUUGUAUGAAUCAGAACCUUGGUUUAAGGCCCUGGACAUCUCGAAAUACACAACUGUUACGCAAGCUCCCCACCCCAGUACCGUGAGAGUUGUGAGUAUCGGUGGUGUCAGUGAGUAUAUCGUCCAAGCGUUAGAUUUAAUAGCCAAAAUGUUAGAUUCUUAA